GCAGCCUGGGCAGCGUGUUCGCAGCGCUCUGGAAGGCGCCGAGUGAGCGGGCGGGAACGGUGCGUUGGAGGAGCUGGUCCACAUGCCUUGCAGCCGGCUCUCUUUGUUUUGUGCGCCGGAGGAGGGACGCUCGUAUGCUUUUAGCAUCGGGACGCCAGAAGAAUCUGCUUCAGGUGCCCACAGUUUUAAGAAUAAAUCCUUUAAGAAGGCCAAAGUCUGCAGUGUCUGCAAACAAGUUAUUGACAGUCAAGGUGUUUCAUGUCGAGUGUGCAAGUAUUCCUGCCACAAGAAAUGUGAAACAAAGGUGGUGAUACCCUGCCACGUACCAAUCAAUGACCCAUUGCCUAACUCUGAUGUAUCUGGUCACGUAACUAGGACAGCAUCUGACAGUUUUUCGAAAAGUUCUUCAUUCUGCUGUGAUAAAUUUUCUCAGAGUGCCAUAUUGGGUCAUAUCAUGGAGGAGGGCUAUGAACUCGAUCUCACCUACAUCACUGAGAGGAUCAUUGCUGUCUCCUUCCCAGCUAGUUGUUCUGAGGAAACUUAUCUACAUAACUUGCAAGAUGUAACCCGAAUGCUAAAAUCCAAACAUGGAGAUAACUACCUGGUGAUAAAUCUCUCUGAAAAGAGAUAUGACCUUACGAAGCUGAACCCAAAGAUCAUGGAUGUGGGUUGGCCUGACCUCCAUGCUCCUCCCCUUGAUAAAAUGUGUACCAUCUGUAAGGCUCAAGAGAACUGGUUAAAUAGUGAUCCUCAGCACGUAGUGGUCAUCCACUGUAGGGGUGGAAAAGGACGAAUAGGAGUUGUCAUAUCAUCGUACAUGCAUUUUACCAACGUUUCUGCCAGUGCUGAUCAAGCUCUCGACAGAUUCGCAAUGAAGAAAUUUUUUGAUGAUAAAGUUUCAGCUUUAAUGCAGCCAUCCCAGAAAAGAUAUGUUCACUUCCUCAGUGGUCUUCUCUCGGGAUCUGUGAAAAUGAAUACCACACCCCUCUUUCUGCAUUUUGUAAUUCUCCAUGGCAUCCCCAACUUUGAUACUGGUGGAGUUUGCCGGCCUUUUCUGAAGCUCUACCAAGCAAUGCAGCCAGUCUAUACAUCAGGAAUCUACAAUGUUGGUCCAGAAAACCAAAGCAGAGUCUGCAUUGCCAUUGAACCAGCCCAGCUCUUGAAGGGAGACAUAAUGUUGAAAUGUUACCACAAAAAAUACCGAUCUGCUACUCGUGAUGUCAUUUUCCGCCUGCAGUUUCACACAGGAGCCAUUCAAGGUUAUGGACUGAUGUUUAGGAAGGAAGAUCUGGACAAUGCUAACAAAGAUGCCCGUUUUCCUGAUUAUGGGAAGAUUGAGUUAGUAUUUUCUGCUACACCUGAGAAAAUACAAGGAUCUGAACGUCUACAGAAUGACCAUGGAGUGGUUGUGGAUUACAAUACUGCCGACCCACUGAUCCGGUGGGAUUCUUAUGAAAAUAUGAGUCCUGAUGGGGAAGUGUUACACACCCAAGGUCCCAUUGAUGGCAGCCUUUAUGCCAAAGUGAGGAAGAAGAGCCUGUCGGACAACAACAUCCCUGGUGGGACCCAGGUCGUUCCCGUGACCGGCAGCCCUGAUCACAGUGACCAUACCCUGUCUGUCAGCAGUGAUUCAGGCCAUUCCACUGCCUCUGUCAGGACAGACAAGACGGAAGAGCGCUUAGCUCCGGGCGCCAAGCGAGGCUUGAGCCCACAGGAGAAGGCAGAACUGGACCAGCUUCUCAGUGGGUUUGGCCUGGAGGACUCCGUGAGCUCCCCAAAGGAUAUGACCGAUGCCCGAAAUAAGUACAGCGGGACUCGUCACGUAGUGCCGGCCCAGGUUCAUGUGAAUGGAGACUCCAAGCUGAAAGACAGGGAGACAGACAUCCUUGAUGAUGAGAUGCCCAAUCAUGACUUACACAGCGUGGACAGCAUCGGGACUUUGUCCUCUUCGGAAGGGCAGCACUCCAGUCACUUGGGAAACUUUACUUGCCAUAAAAGUAGCCAAAAUUCUCUCUUAUCAGAUGGCUUUGGGAGCAAUACCGGGGAAGAUCACCAUAUUGCCCUUGCUCCUGACCUGGGCAUUGGGGUGGAUCCCCUUUAUGAACGAUCAUUUGGAAAUGGUGAGCCCAAGCAGGGUCAGCAGCUCCUGAGGAACCCUGCAGCUCAGGCACCGGCCUACGGACAGGGAACCUAUUCCACCCAGACCUGGGUGCGCCAGCAGCAACUAGUGGCAGCCCAUCAGUACAGCUACGCGACAGAGAGCGAGGGGAGAUUUGCCAUUCACAGCUCUUCAGAGAAUUCAAACUAUGUCCCGGCCCAGCCCAGGGUCCCCCUAACUCCCACCAGAGGCUCCAGCAGCAGGGAUGCUGUGCAGAGGGGCUUAGGGGGCAUAUCGAAUCCUAGCGAGGUACCUCAGCACUCUUAUCCAGAAGGUUUCAAGCCUAGGUUAACACCAGAGAAGGAGAUAAAUGGAGUGGACGUGGGAUUGAAUGCGGGAAUUUUACCAGGAUCUCCAACUCUGGAUAUCGACCAAUCCAUUGAACAGCUCAAUAGGCUGAUCUUGGAACUAGAUCCAACAUUUGAGCCCAUCCCAACUCACAUAAAUACCAUGACCAUGACAAGUCAAACAAAUGGAUCUGCAUCUCCCGACAGCAAAGUGGGAGAAGCUCUGCGGGCAAACCACAGAUUUCUUGAGAGGGGAGAUAACGUAAUCAGGAAUUCCAGCCAACAUGGAGAUGAUCCAUCUGGAGGGAGAAUAAGAAAAUUAAGUCUUGGCCAGUAUGACAAUGACAGUCCUGGGCAGUCAUCAUUUGGUGGAUGUGGAUGGGUAAAAUCAACUAAUAUGGAUCCAGUUUCAACUCUGGGAUCUUUCAUUACUUCAGGGGAAACCAAAGAGACAAUGAUAACCAAUUAUCCUCAAGAACUUGAUGUGAUUGAUGGUGGAAUAUUUUCAACAACCAAAAAUGGAAAUGAAUCUGUCGCUCCUACUCCAGCUUUUCCCUUAUCAUCAGAGACAUCCUAUGUAAAAACUCCUCAUUAUUCUCAGAUCAGUCCAUCAGAGCAACUCACAAGCAGCCCAGCUAAUUUGUACAAAACAGGACAUGAACCUCGGAGUUACACUGAAGGCCUUAAUCACUCAGUGGUGAUGUCAGACAGCCCAAUUGGAACAAACCCUGCUCUGUUUCGGUCUGAGAGGCCAACAACUCCCUGUCAACGGACUUUUCCAUCUGCCUGUACAGCUUCAAGCAAUAGUCCCCUCCAGAGAGGCGAGAGUUCAUCCACAGCAGAGCACCAAUGGCUAGAGAGCAGUCCCAAAUCGACUCUUUCACCACAACUGUCAAUGAUGGGGAGUAGCCGACCCACAGGCUUUCUUUUGGGUUCAGAGUUUUCCAGUCCAGUGCCAGAUUCUUCACUCUUGUCUCAUUUCCCACCUUCGGAGCUGCAGGUUUCUAAUCUAAACAAUCAUGAAAACUCACCAGCAGAACAGUCCCAAGAAAUUCUGGCCAACCCAAGUGGCCGGACCUUCCUAAACUUUAGCAUACAGCCUGAUGAGAAGCCAGGAACCUUACUGACUAAUUCCAACGGAGCAUCUAAACCACCCAUUGGCCCACUGGCAGGAGUUGUUGACAAUGGCUUCUUGCCCCAUACUUUUCUCACUGUGGCCCCUGGACACAGCAGUCAGCACAGUCCAGUGCUGCAACAUGCAGGCUUAUCCCUGCAUUCACAGCCUCCCCUUCCUGAGAAGAAGAGGACAUCUGAAGGAGACCGCUCUUUUGGCUCCAUCUCUCCAUCUUCCAGUGGCUUCUCCAGCCCCCAUAGUGGGAGUACAAUCAGCAUCCCUUUCCCAAAUGUCCUUCCAGACUUUUCUAAAGUUUUAAGUACCUCCCCCUUGCCAGAAAAUCCAACUGAUAAACAUGUGACUGUGAAAUUUGUUCAAGACACAUCCAAGUUCUGGUACAAGGCAGAUAUUUCAAGAGAACAAGCUAUUGCCAUGUUGAAGGAUAAAGAACCGGGUUCGUUCAUUGUUCGGGACAGCCAUUCUUUCCGGGGAGCCUAUGGCCUGGCCAUGAAAGUUGCUACGCCUCCUCCUUCAGUUCUGCAACUUAAUAAGAAAGCUGGAGAUUUGGCCAAUGAACUCGUCAGGCACUUUUUGAUUGAAUGUACUUCUAAGGGAGUACGAUUGAAAGGAUGUCCAAAUGAACCAUAUUUUGGGAGCUUGACAGCUUUGGUAUAUCAGCAUUCCAUUACUCCUCUGGCAUUGCCAUGCAAACUCCUCAUCCCAGACAGAGAUCCAUUGGAAGAAAUGGCAGAAAAUUCUCCACAAACGGCUGCGAAUUCUGCGGCUGAGCUUCUAAAACAGGGGGCAGCCUGCAAUGUUUGGUACUUAAAUUCUGUGGAAAUGGAAUCACUCACAGGCUACCAAGCUGUACAGAAAGCCUUGAGCAUGACACUAGUUCAAGAUCCUCCUCCCAUUUCUACAGUUGUUCAUUUCAAAGUUUCUGCCCAGGGAAUUACACUGACUGACAAUCAGCGGAAACUUUUCUUCCGAAGACAUUAUCCAGUGAACACUGUCAUUUUCUGUGCUUUGGAUCCACAGGAUAGGAAGUGGAUCAAAGAUGGCCCUUCAGCAAAAGUAUUUGGAUUUGUUGCAAGAAAACAAGGGAGCGCUACAGACAACGUGUGCCAUCUGUUUGCAGAACACGAUCCUGAGCAGCCUGCCAGUGCCAUUGUGAACUUUGUAUCAAAGGUCAUGAUUGGUUCCCCCAAAAAGAUCUGAAGCCUCUCUGACUCUUUUAGACUUUGGUAUGAGGAGGGAGGCUCGGCAUCCUUUUGAACAAUUUACUUAAACGUACUAACCCCAAGAAGAAAAGCGGGACCUUCUACCCAUUGUAGAUUUUUCUUCUUCCUUCCUUGCUUUUUUUUUUUUUUCUUAUUUUAAAAGAAAGACUUUCAAAUUCCUUUCUUAAAAGAAAGUUUUUGUUUCUUGAAACGUCUUCACAGUCAAGUUCAAAGCUCUAAAUAAGAGAAGCUAUGUCUGGAGCAUCUGUACCUAUCCAGAGUCUACUUUGGAGAUAAACUUUGCAAGAGAGAAGUUUGUAUACACUUCAUCUUCCCCAGUACCUUGCGGGUGAACAAUGGAAUGAUUUCCUGGUUACUUACUAUAUUACAUGAAUUUUCUGAAAUUUAAUACAUUAUAGAACUGCAUGCAUGGCUAUGGAAACACUUGUCCUAUUUGCAUCCACAGUAGACGUGAUCAUCACAAACUGAUAUUCUUUUAGGGCCUUUUGUACAAUCAUUUGCUCUUCCCUUCAUCUUUCCAUAACCAAGACUAGAGUUGAACUGAGAAGGGGGAAGUAUGUCUGAUGAAGGUUAGUGUAGGUUGAUUUUUUUUUUUCAGGGACCAUGAAAACAGACAGAGGUACAGAGAUACCGAGAUUGUAAGGUCUAAAUCUGGGAAUGAUUGGUAAUUGUGCUUUAUGAAAAGUUAGAGAUGUCAUUUAAAAAAAUUGUAUGGUGAAGGCUUGAUGUAUUCUGUUCAUCUAAAAAUAUAUAUUUUGUAAGAAGAGUCAAGCAAGAAAGAAACCAUUUUAAUAAUAGCAGGAUAAAAAUGAGGGAAAAGCAAAAAAUGAUUUUAUAUAAUUUAUAUUUUUGCCUAUGCCAGAUUAUUUAUAGUAGAAAUUUGAUGUUGCUAUAUUGUAUGAGUACUCUUUACUAGACACCUUGUUGAGCUUUGCAUUUUUUUUGUGUGUGUAUGUUAUUGUAUCUAAGUAUAUUCUAUUGCAUGUGCCUUGCUUAGAAAGUAUGUCAAUAUUUUCUUAUGGUGUUGUUAUAACACAUCCUGUAUUUUGGAAAUACGAUUUUAACAGAAAGUCUUUUUGCAUAUUUGGAUUUAUUUUUCAAUAUUUUGUUCAUCAAGUUCACUUCUUUAUGCUUUUUAAUUCCUAAAUUUUUUUAUUGUGGAUAGAAUCAGCAAAUGUAUCCAGAAGGGAAAAGAAAAUUAUUUUGUUAAACUCUUGUCUUGGCAUCUGUUAUGUUGGAUGUCAUUUGUAAGGAAAGAAACAAGAUGAUAUAUAGGGCACCUUGCGCCUUCAUAAGCUAUCAUAUGGAUCUCAUCACUCUGCUAAGUGGUUUGCUUUGUAUUAUAGUCACUGUCCAGAUUGUGACAUCCAAAGUAUGAAGAUAAGAAAAGGGAUGAUCCUUAAAAAUAUAAACUUUUUUGAUUGUCAUAUGAGCUGCUGUAUUAUAUAGACAAACUCAUAUUUGUGUAUAUUUCUAUAUCCAAAUAGUUUUCCCUGUAAAUCUGUCAUUGGUAGCAUUCUUUUGGGACCAAUGAUUCAGGACUUUGUCUCACUGAAGAAACAUUAACUUCCUCCUCUAUAAUGCACCAGGUGCUGAAUAAAUGUUAAAAUAUCCCAACUAUACCCUAUUAAAAUUUUCUUUAAUAAUAAUAAUCUCCUCCUAUCCUUCCUAAGCUCAGAUAUCAGUGCUUAUUUUAUGCAAGAAUCAUAGUAACCAACUUAGGCUUUGAAAAUUUACUCUUAUAAAGAGAUUAUUUUAAUGCAUGGGUCAGGGCAGCAAAAGGCAGGGAAAAAGAUGGCAGCUCAAAUGCAAUUGAAAUUGAGUUGCAGUGGGCAUUGUAUAUAAAGCUAACAGGUAGAUAAUUUCUCAUUCCAGUUGAUAAGACAAUGGCCAGGACCUCAUUUCUGUGCCAAAUGCUUUAUGAUUCUGUUACACAUUUACUCAUCAUGUAGUAUUUUCAUUGCCAUUUCAAGAGACUGCUUGAGCAUUUCAGAGAUCCUGUGUGCCUUAAGAACAGCCAACAAGGCAGAAUUUUAACUCCUAAACUACUUUCAAGGAAUAUCCAACAGUGUUUCAUUUUAUCAGAAUUUGGGAAAAUGAAGUGGUUCAGAGGGCUUAAAUAGCUGGAUCUUCCAAGAGUAUUACUCUCAUGGAAAGGCAGCUCCCUGCAAAAGAAGAAGAAGAGGAAGAAGAAGAAGAAGAAGAAGAAAAGUUUGCUUAAGAACUAAAUCAGGUUUGAAUAAUGAUUCUUUUUGAAGAGAAUGGCAUGGAAUUGGGGCCCUUCCUUUCCUGCCAGUACACAAUAACUUGGAGUUUUCAAGAUAUUGUCAUAGCAUUUCAUGUCCACAUAUAUUUAGAAAGGACUCCAUAUCCUGAAGGUUGCCAUUUAAAAAAAAAAAAAAAAAAAAAGAUCAUGUAUUGACAUGGUUAUUUUAUGUUUUUAUUUUUUGCUCUUUUAAAAUUUUUUUGCUCUGUGUUUAAAAAGCAUCAGGGAAAAUCCACUAGGAGUUUGACUCUUCUUAGCAAAAAAAAUAGGUCCAUUUUUAUGGUUCUAAGGAGAGCUCUCACAGUGUAUUUCUCUUAUAACAUGUUACCACAUAUAUUAGAAAUGUAUGAAAUAAUUUUACAUAUUCAAAAAAAAACUGUAAGGUAUACUCAGUAGUAAAUAGUAUAUGCAGUCACACAGCAUUGUUUCUGUGACAAACGUGCAAACUGUUAACACAACAUGCUUUCCCCCAGGAUGUUUCAAGAUGUGUAUAUGCAGUACUGAAAAAAAAGACUGGUGAACUCAUACUAGCUUUUUGCCAUGUGUAUUUGUAGCCAGGCACCUAUUAAUCUGCUUUUUCAAGUGUAUUUCUAUAAUCCUUCAGUGUUAUAAUAUGAACAUGCUAAAAAGCCAUGCUUAAUUAAAUGGUGCCAGUUUAUCCUUAGUAUCAUUGACUUGUUAACAUUGCCUUCUCUGCCUUAUCUAUUAGUAGAUAUUUUACCUUUGCUCCAUACUGUAAAAAAACAUAUUCAGUAUGUAAAUGAAUGUCUUAUAAAUUCUUUGUAUAGUCGAUUUCUCUGCUUUUUAAAUAUCAUCUCUAUUCAGAGUAUAAUAAAAUUAUGAAUUUGUUAA